AUGCCGCACAAUGCGACGUGCUGCGGAAUACUGCGUCAUGGUACUUACCACGCUCUGUCAUACCUGGCAGCAGCCUCGUCCUCAUUUCCGGCUCUUGAGGACUUCGUGGACUUCCUAGUCACCGUCGUCGCCGCUAGAAUCGUUCCCAAUACACACCUUUGGGCGGACGUCGUGCUUUGCGUGCUUCGACCGUCGGUCCGAGGGUCAGAACCCCAGAAUCGUAAUCUCCGGAGCUCUGCAACAACCGUGCAAACACCGCUCACUGUCACCUCGCCGUCACCUCGUGCUGCCUCCGUCACUGUCAUAUUGCGAACAAUCGUAUCUUCUGGCCAUCUCCAUCACGGUCACGUGGGUUACACGGCUGUCUCUCCGGUUCAAGAAGGCAGAAGCACGAGUGAAUGCCGCACCUCGUUCCGACGUUCAAACCGCGCCGCUAGGCUAAUUGCCCCACACAACGCUUCAGAGGGCUGCGGGACGCUCAAAACCUUUUCAGAGGCUCAAACGCACAGAAUUCCUGUAAGGGUGCGCGGUCUAUAUACGUGGGUCUCGACCCACAACCGUGUGAAGCUAACAGCGGUCGGGGUUCAUUCAAGGCUAAUGACAAGAAGCUGCUUUUGGUGGUCACACGACACUAUCCACGCGCCGGAGCAUUUGCAGUCGAACGAAGAACUUGCCGAUAGGGCCCUAUCAUGA